AUGUCACUCCGCGUUCGCGUAGUUUUGCUCCCCAGCGUUCAUCGCGUCCGCGUAGGACCUCCGCGUUCGCGUAGUGCUACCAGCCCCCUUUUCCGCGUUCGCGUUCCCUUUACGCAUUCGCGUAGUUCAAGCCCUGACCCCCCUUUUCCGCUCCUCUUCGCGAUCGCAUACCAUCGUCGCGUUCGCAUAGUUUCCAGGCAUCCAAGCCUUCGCAUUCGGGCCAUUCGGAGUUGGAUACUCGUGGCAAGGGCUUUGCUUCCUAUUGAUUUUUGGUACCGGUUCGAGGUACUUCGGGUUCGGCUUUCCAGCAGUGAGUCCGGAGCUGCUUUUCAGGAGGACUUGAGAUGCGACGUUAGUUCCAUGGAUUCAGUACCGCCCAAUUUGAGACUUGCUUAUCAAGUCUUAAUAGACUUUUUCAAUGAAAUGGAACAAGAAUUGGCAAAAGAAGGUAAAGCAGACCGUGUCUACUAUGCAAAAUUUGUGAUGAAAAAGUGUAUCAGAGCCUAUUUGAAGGAAGCCCAAUGGUUGAAUGCCGGCUAUAUUCCAAAAUGUGACGAGUAUUUGGAAAAUGGAAGUGCAAGCAUUGGCAUUAUGUUGAUGACAGUAACUUCUUUGGUUGGUUUGGAGGAACUUAUAACCAAAGAAACUUUAGAAUGGGUGAUAAAUGAUCCUUUGAUUCUUCGAGCUUCAGGAGUAAUACGCAGAUUAAAGGAUGACAUCAUUGGACACAAUUUUGAGCAACAAAGAGGACAUGUAGCUUCAUUCAUUGAAUGCUACAUGAAAGAAUAUGGAGCUUCAAAGCAAGAGGCAUAUGCUGCGGUUGACAAGGAAAUGGCUAAUGCAUGGAAAGACAUAAACACGGAAUUCCUCCGCCCUUCUCAAGUACCAACGUUUGUCCUCGAACGAGUUAUAAAUCCUACACGACUAGUAAUUGGUUUCCAGGAGAGUGAUUUUAUAAAUACUCAAGGCGAAUAUAAAGACAAAAUCACCUCGUUGCUUGUUGACUCCGUGAAAAUAUGA